UUAAUGUGAACAUAGCAUGGACCGGAGGAGUAGAGCCACCCAUGGGUGAUGUGGAGUACCUUACUGCCUUUAGGAGUGUGGUGAUGCCCAUCGCCCAGCAGUUCAGCCCAGAUGUGGUUCUGGUGUCUGCAGGCUUCGACGCAGUGGAGGGUCAUCAGUCUCCUCUGGGAGGAUACAAUGUCUCUGCCAAGUGUUUCGGGCAGCUAACGCAGCUGCUGAUGGGUCUGGCGGGUGGGCGCGUUGUUAUGGCGCUGGAGGGUGGUCAUGACCUCACCGCCAUAUGUGACGCGUCAGAGGCCUGUGUGUCUGCGCUUCUGGGAGACCCGUGUGACUCUGUGUUUCAGUGGCCUCAGGAGAAGCCAUGUCCAAAAGCUUGGGCCUCACUAGAGAGAGUAAUAGAGAUCCAGAGUAAACACUGGUCCUGUCUCCAGAGUUUGUCUCAGACGAGUGGCCACUCGCUAAUGGACGGCCCCCUGGGUUCUCAGGGCCAAUCGGAGGACGAGGCAGAAACAGUCAGCGCCAUGGCCUCCCUCAGUGUUGACGUUGAGCAGCCAAGCUCCGUUCCUGACAACACGGAAACCAGCAGGUCCACAGAGGAGCCAAUGGAAGAAGAGCCUGUAUUGUAGGCGGAUCUUAAAAAAGAACCACACAAAAACUCCACAUUCACCUCUUCUGGCACCUCCUCUUCCUCUUCCUAUUCCUCCGCAGAGUGUGUGGAGGUACACACACACAGAGUCGAAUUGUCUCGUUGGGGAGGACUCCGAUUGCCUGAGGAGAACAGUAUGGAGGCAGGAGAAGGCGGGGCGUGUGAAAAACAUGGACACAUCUCUUUUCCAUUGGUUCAUCAGCCCAAGGAGGAGCAGACGACUUGUUAGCAUCUCCGUGGAAACCAGAGGAGGAGAGGGUCAGCAAGGAGACACGUCUUGUGACCUGUAUACUUUACCACCUGUACACAGCACCACUGAAUUUUCCCCUCCCACCGCCCAAUCACUCUUUUGUCUUUCUAUUUUGUCCCUACUCCUCGGUUUCCACAGCGGGAAGAUGACUGUGGAAAACCUGAAUUUGAAUCCCGUCAAGAUGUCAGACGGCAAGCAGACGACUUGUCUGUCUGUCUGUCUGUCAGAGAGGCAGGCUGAAAGAACGUGGGGUUGGCUGGCGGAGGAAGAACAACCUGUUGUAAAAUGAGCAGAGGAGGAGGAGGAACUAGGUGCCUUUUUAAAAAAAAAAAAAACGUCCAAUCAGAAACCACAAAACACCACCACCGCAGCACCUCAGCAAACAUACCAGCCAAUCAGGACUGAAGAAACACACUAAUGCGCACGCAUACACACUGCUGUUGUUUUAGUCGGUCAGUUCAUUUUCAAGUCUUUGUUUCUUCAUCUGGAUGCCUUAAUUUGUUCUUAUCUCACUAUUUAGCAACCUUGAGAGAGAUGGCGAGAGAGAGAAUCAUAAUAUAAAUAUAUACUCAGAAAUGUAUUUAAACUGCUAAGAAAUGUAUUUUCUUUAAAAUCUUAUAAUAUUCAUACCAGGUAUUCCCAACAGACUGAAGAAACGCCUCUAAAGCCAUCAAUGCACACUAGACAUCUCCAGUAAAAAUCUCCAUUGAAUAUUAAUGUAAUGUUAAUAAUAAUAUUCAAUCAGACUUUUAUGGGAUCUGGUAAGUGUCUCAGGAUCAGGCCCGUUUUAGCAGUAUUCUUUCUUUGCAUUGCUUCAAACCACCACUCCUCUCUCUCUCUUUCACUUAUUUCGGUUGAGAGUCAUGUGACCUGAGCCCAUCCCUUCUUCUCUAAAGGGGAUUGUUGGAUUGUGGCACACCACAACGACCACCACGUCCCUCUUAUUUCUUCUAUUUUUUUUAAUUGUAAUAUUUCUUGUUUGGUGUAAAUACUGUCUCCUGUCCUGUUGCCCACGGUUACGUCACAGCAGACUCAGUGUGGUCACUUUUCUAUAUCUGUACAUACAUAUAUGUAUAAAAACACAAACUACUUUCUCUUUUUGUAUAAAAAAAGAAAAAAUAAUAUUCUAUAUAAAUAUAUAUAUAUAUGUAAACAGUGUUUUAUCCAAUAAGAUUGGAUUUAUGAAUAUAUUCUAUUUGGAGAUUUGAUGUUUAAAAGGUUUGGCUGUUUGACAGGAAGUAAGCACACGGUCUGAUGACAUCAGACCGCCAUAUGUUUGUAUGUUUGUUUACAGAUGUUGAGGGUGGCUGGAUAUUGUUAUCGUAGUGGUUGUUGUUGUUGGAGGCGAACAGUGAGCUCCUGUUCCUCUGGCAGGACCAGGAAGGCAGUGCUGCCCUCCACAGGCAAUCAGCAGCAACUACAGAACAGUGGAUAUGAAGUUCAAAGGUCAUAACUGGGUAAAUAGAUUUGGUCCAGUGGUGAUGCAUUUUUGCAGUCCAACAGGGAGUUAGCAAGCCCUUUUCCAUGGUUUUACGUCAUUCAUUAGCGCUGACCGUCGUACUGCAUAUCACAGCUGAAUCGGCAUCCUGUAGCUUGGAUGUUUAGUCACUGACGGCCUCCAAACAUUUGUUACAGCAAUGUUUAAAGUACAAAUGCACUGGAUGGUGGGUUAUCUUCUUCUAUAUAUAUGAGAAAGGUGUAUAAGAUGGGGUAAAAAUGCCAGGUUUAAAAAUAUGUCACUUACCCUGACUAAGAAAGGUAUCUUUAAACUUAGAAGGAACUUUUCAUUAUUGUUGAUUCUAGCGGCCCCUGUGCUUGCCACAGCCUUGUUUCAUUGAUUUCAAGGGGAAUCCAAUCGGGUGGCAGGCAUUAAGAAUAACUUUACAGAAAUGGCCAAUCUUCUUGCUGAUGGUCUUGUGUGCUUAUGUAAGUCAUAUAGAGGCAUCAGUAUUAAAUUCAGACUGUUUUAUAACCAGUUAAAAACUGUAGUACCUUUAAUACAAAACAAUAUGUAUUCAAAGAUGACACAGGAAGUCGCAGUGUGUUCAGAAGGUCACAAGUGGGAACACAAGGUAUGGCCUUCAGGGGAGUCCAAGAGAGGGGGGGAGAUGUCAGGGAAUGGUACACUGCCAGUGUUUGUUCUUUUUCGCUUAGAUAAUGAUAAAGUCGAGAGUCACUGAUGGCCACUUUUAAUUCAGCUCACUUUUUUGUACUAGCUGCCAUGACCAUUGUCGUGAUGUCCUCUGUGGAAAACGAGCGGGUAGGCAAGUCCAGCAGCUGCUGUAACCAUUGGGGGAACAAAAUAUCACAGAGUCUUGGCUGUUUCGAGGAGUUGAAUGCAGCUCAUCUGACCUUUCAACCCAAGGAACAACAAGGUAGUUUUGAGGAGCAAAGCCAUUAUUAUAAAAAUGGAGUGUACAGUGCAGCAGAGCUUAAUAGAGAAGACCUUUCUUGGUCAGUGUAAAUCAGAUCUUUUUCUUAGUUUCUGAGUUUGCACCAACCAUUCUUCCACAUUGAAGUGACUAAGAAGAUUUCCUACCAUCCACUGAGUUCAUAUACAUAGUUCGUAACAAACUUUUUUUAAUCCACUCAGCAACUACCAUACAUAACAUGCUGUUCCUGGAUCAGGGCUAAUGGACCGCUCAAUUGUUUUGUUAUGGUAUAGAUUCUUCCCUGUUAACUAUUUGUUAGCAAUCAUCUUUAUUAGCUUUCAUGAAAGUUUUAAAAUGGCUGAAUAUCCAAUCAAAAAUCCAUUUCCAUCCCACUAACUGUUGGGAACCGUGGCCCAAGUAUGCUAACUACACAGUUGUGUGUUCACCAAGCUCCAGUUUAUUGCUGUUUUUGUAAGCUAACGUUUUGUGCUUGUCGAAGGUGCCCAGUAGACGCAAAGCUUCAGAACUGGACCACUCUAUCAUCCGCAUCAUCAGAAACUUAACUCAGAAACACUAUCGAGUCACUCAGUAAGCUGACUCUGCCGAACACAAUCUUCAACCUCACAAGUCCAUUUCCCAGGACCCUUUGUGGUGUAGCGAGUGUUGUAGCUCACGCUGCUUCCUUUGGGUCUCGUCUGUUCAAAGCAAUAUAACACUGACAGGACAGCAGUGGUUGGAACAGAGAGAGAGAACUUCAAUGUCCAGCUUUAGCGUUGCCAUGGUGAAGCGGCAGACAGCAUCACAGCUUACAUCAUUUGCAGGGUUCCCUGUGGUUGAGCGCUGUUUGCAUGUAUUAUCUGUCAGGUGGGAUGGACAGAGUAUUGAUUGAUCUAAAAAUUGAUUGAUUUAUUGAGCUGUGUUUCCAGGCGGUUCAGUGUAGUCUUUUUGUACUAAUGUAAACACUAAGGCCAUUUUGUCCAUUGUAUCAGUAGUCAGUAAUAGCAGUGCCUCUCGUUGGGGAGGUCGAGCGGUGGAGUUGGACGGAUUAGAAUUAGCUAUCGACAACGGUAGCCGUUGACGCCUGAUCUCGACUGGAGUUCACGCGGCCACAAAGGAACAAAACUGUGGAGGGACGAGCAAGUGGACCACAGCUGAGAAGCCUGUCAAUUAAGCAAUUUAUACCCAUAUUAAAAAAAAUGCCUUAACGUUUUCUCAACAUUUUUUUUUUUUUUAAUUACCAACGAGUAAUUAAUUCAAAUUGUCUGUUGAAGAAUUUCGUAUUUUCCCUGUCACUUAUUACAAUUUGGGCCUUAUUUUCUUUCUAGUUUUGUUCUUUUCCAUAAUAAUGGUGCUUUCCAUUUACCUCUGAAGUCUGAGGUGCUGGGAGAACGACCCGAGUUGACUACGUUCCAGUUCAAGUCAAAAAACCUAGCUAGGUUAGCAAUUAGGGCUGUGUAUUGGCAAGAAUCUGGACAUACAAUACGUAUCCCGAUACAGCGGUUAAGAAUCAAUAUAUUACGAUAUCUUGGAUUUUGAGGUUGGGUUUGGUGAGGUUCUUCCAACUUCAAAGUCUAAAAUCCCACUUUAUGAUGAUGAAUUUCAUGAUCGCAAAUUCCAUCUUCCAAUUUCAAAUGGAAUGCACCAUGAGAACACUGGGUGGGACCAGCUACAAAUACUUUACCCUUUAGACGUGGUCAGACCACGUCGUAAUUUAUUUUGACCGUUUUUCUUCUUCUGUUGUAGCGACGUUGCUGUGUUCUAAGAUUUCAGCAAAUUACUUUUGGUGAAUUCAAAGUUCUCGUAAUCAACACAACUACAAAAAUAAGACCCAAAUCGUAAGAAACAGAAUCAUCCUUUAAAACAACCAGUGUGUAGGAUUUAGUUGCAUAUAGUGGGGAAAGUUACAGAUUGCAACAAGUUGAAUACAGCUCAAGGAGCAACCACAGUGGCUGCGAAACUUGCUAAAAACGCUAAAGGCCCUAUCUAGAGCCAGUGUUGGUUUGUCCGUCCUGGACUACUGUAGAAACAUGGCGGUUCAACAUGGUGGCCAUGGAGGACCCAGAGCGGUUGUAGAUAAAAACGGCUCAUUUUGAGGUCAUGAAAAAGGUGAUUCAGGUGAUUAUACACUAAUGAAAACAUCAUAUGAAUAUUAUAUUCCAUUCCUGCCAGUAGAUCCUCCUAAAUGUUACACUGGGCCUUUAAGUCAGGAUGGUUGCUGCUUGGUCAGAGGGCACACAUAAGCACAGAUUGCGGACUGAAGAUUUAAGAUUUUUGUUUUAGUGCAGGUCAGUUCUGGUUGGUUUGUACCAGGACAGGACGGGAGUUCGGAGAAGCCACCUUUUGGGCUCUGGUCCUGAGUCCUAAUGAAAGGGCUCCUAAAGAACCAUCUGCACCAGCAGCGUUGUUAUCCUGCACACUUAAAACUAAUAGCGCGGACAGAGCCUGGCCGUGUGUGUGACAGGGUGACAGACUUCCCCAGUCCAGAGGCCACACAGCUUUACUGUUGCUACCACCCACACACACACACAGUGAGGUUAAAUGCACACUUUCUCACACACACACACACACACAGACUAUUUUGCUACAUGAGUUAAUACUGUAUAUUUCUUGAUAUGUUUGAUACUGUGGUGUAAAUGUAGUGUCCUGCUAUGAUGCGGUGUGGGGGGAGGGCUCUCUUUGGACAUUUGGGGUGGGACGAGGAGGUUCAGUAUCAGUGCGACUGUCACCUCCUCUCUCUCUCUUUUACCUCCUUGUGUUUUUCGAGGGGAGACGUUCUCUCUGUUACCUUUUCUCUUGUCCGGCUCGUGACUGAAAAAUUGGAAAACGCUGUUUUUGUUGGAACUGAUCACAAGCACAUUCCUGACUAUUCUCUGUCCGUGCUGUCGUUUUAAUCCAGAUUAUUUCUUGUUGCGACAAUACAACAUGUGUCUAGUUCUUGCUGACUCACAUGUAUAUAUAAAGUGCAUAUAUGUGUACACAUGUGCAAUACACGCUAUUCGAGCAAUCUAUUACUGUGACUAUUAUUGAUGAUGAUACUUGUCCCUUUUUCGAAGUUUUCAGCCCGUUUUUUCUUCUCGUCCUGAUUUCCUGUUGAUGAAUUGUGUUGCAGGAGCUUAAAAAGGGAAGAAGGUGACUCUUGUGAUUCUUCACACUCAGUGUCAUUUCAGGGGUUUGUGGACAUUUUAAUGAAGCCCUUUUUUUUUUUUUACUCUCACUGUAACGUUGUGACGUUGAUCCUGAUUAUCUGUUUCUUUGUUUUUUUUUUUAAGUGGGCCUGUUGUUAAACUUGUCUGGAAACUCAAUAAAGCAAUUCACCGAUU